UCAAUCUCUCUCAAUAGCAAUGGUGGACAUGAUAUUAAAGGUUAAAAAAAAAAAAAAAUUAUCUCUCUCUCUAAGUAGACAAUUAUAAAUUGAGGACAUGACAAGAAAACCUAGGAAGAAGAGAAGAAUCUUAAGCUUGUCUAAAUUUUCUCAUCAAAACACAACACCAAGCUAGAAGAAAUGGAAGAUCUCCAUUAUUGUCUCCUCCUCCUUUUCCUCCUAUUUGCUUCCUUUUCUUCUCUUCAAGCUCUCCCAUGGAGGACCCAAGAAGACAACCUUAACAACUUUGAAGGCUCCUCUGACCUUGUAAACCUACAAUACCACAUGGGUCCUGUCCUUGCUUCCCCUAUCAACCUUUAUAUCAUUUGGUAUGGCCAUUGGAACCCUAACCACCAAGAUGUUAUUAGAGACUUCAUUUUCUCUCUUUCUCCUUCUCCUCCUCCUCGUUAUCCGUCUGUCGCUCACUGGUGGCAGACGGUCCGACUCUACACUGACCAGACUAACUCGAACAUCACUGGGACUGUCCAUCUCUCCGAUGAGUUCCACGACUCGUCUUACUCCCAAGGCAGCUACCUGAGUCGUUUAGCCAUUCAACACAUCAUAAAAAACUCAAUCACCCCCUCAAAUCCAAGAGCUUAUAAUAAUUUGCCUCUAAAUCCCUAUAGUGGCUUCUACUUAGUCCUCACCUCACCUGAUGUUCAAGUGCAAGACUUUUGUAGGGCAGUGUGUGGCUUCCAUUACUUCACAUUCCCGAUGAUCGUUGGUGCAACGGUACCGUAUGCUUGGGUCGGCCACAGUGGGGAGCAAUGCCCUGGCGUCUGCGCAUACCCAUUUGCUCGGCCAACGGGCUCGGAGGCGCCACCGCCGAGCACGAUCAUGGGCGCGCCGAACGGGUACGUGGGGGCAGAUGGAAUGGUGAGUGUGAUAGCUCAUGAGUUGGCAGAAGCAUCAAGCAAUCCAUUGGUGAAUGCUUGGUAUGCAGGAGAGGAUCCAACAGCUCCCACAGAGAUAGCUGAUUUGUGUGUGGGAUUGUAUGGGUCAGGAGGGGGAGGAGGGUAUGUUGGGAAUGUUUAUAAAGACAAUUGGGGAAAUGGGUACAAUUUGAAUGGUGUCAAGGGGAGGAAAUUUAUGGUUCAAUGGGUUUGGAACCCUGUUCAAAGAAGGUGUUUUGGACCAAAUGCUUUGGAUUAAAAAAUUGUGCCUUUUUCAUAUCUUUGAUUUUGUUUUUCACUUUUGACGAUUCUUAUUUGAAUUAGGGUUUUUGUGUUUGUUUCAAUGUUCUUUGGGUUUGGUUGGUCAUGGGAGCUUCUCAAGGAUCCGAAGAUGACACCAUUUGAAAGGUUUGAAAUUGAAAUUGGAGGUUUAAUUUGUAUUUUUUGAGGGGCUUAGAGGAGGUGUUUCUUUAUUUGUAAGUUUCUGAGUUGUGGGUCAUCUCUUAAAAAAAUUAGGUCAAUUAAAUAAUUUAA